AUGUCCCUCCCCCAAAGCCCAGUCGAUCCAGUCGCUCGCCUCGAAGCAGAGCUCGCGCAAGAGAAAGCCGCUCAUGCGCGCACGAACAAGAAGCUGGAAGCCAUUACUCAUCUCCACGCCAACCAGGCCAUUACUAUCAGUUCCCAAAUCGGCAUCAUCAGGUCGCAGAUCCAGAGGCAUCCCGAAGAUAUCGCGGACAUCCAGGUAGAAGCCAGGAAAGCGGAGGAUGAGCGCCAGCGCAGGACAUCGGAGGCGAGUGCGAUGGGAAAUGGGCCGUAG